AUGUACGGUAAGCAGGAGGAGGAGAAGUCAUUCAAGAAACCCACCUUAGCUCCCACGUUCCCAGGAACAAUUAAAAGCAAGUUCGUACGCUAUGGGAACUGGACUUUCCAUGUUGGUGUACUGAGAGACACUGGUGUACGUUUCUUUGACAUUCGCUUCCAGUCCCGCCUGAUGGUUGCCGAGGCG